CAAACAAUAUCGUUACUCGUUUAAUUUUCCUCUUUACUGGUUGUAAAUCAAAGACAAUAAAGUUAAACAUACUUUCUUCAACAGUGAAUAGCAUGAUUAAGUAGUCAGUUCAUUGAUUCAUUUAUUCUUUAUCUUCGUUCAGCGAUUAAUGAAUGCCAAUUAAAUGUUGGCUGGCAGGCUAAGGAUUCCCUUAAAUUUUGCUGCGCAUGUUCAGAAAUUUCGAUGCUUGGUUGGGGGCAUUGGAAAUAAUCUACAGAAGCAAGAACGAAACAAGGAUUUGCAGAAAGACGCCCUGGCACAUGAAGAUUUUUUCUUAGUAUCAAAGUUAUUUAAUGUUGAAGAUCUCCUUAAUGCCAAAGUUCAUCUUGGGCAUCAUGAAGGUUGCUGGAAUCCAUAUAUGAAACCAUACAUUUAUGGAUCAAGGGAGCGAUUUCACAUUAUAAAUUUGGAUGUUACAUCCAAGCAUCUUAAGCUUGCAUUGAAUGUCAUCUCUCAUGUUGCUUAUCGCCAUGGAGUCAUCUUGUUUGUUAGUACACAUCCACAAUUUGAAGAUCUUGUCCAGGAGACAGCUCGGGAUUCAGGAGAAUUUUUUGUGACAAGACAAUGGAACAUUGGUACAUUAACUAAUUCAAACGUUUUACUAAAUACAACUCGUUUGCCAGAUUUAAUAAUCUUUAUGAAUAUGACCUUAUUUGGUCGUGGCUCCCCACCUAUUAAAGAGGCAGCUCAGUGUAAUAUUCCUUCAGUAGGUAUUGUUGAUAGUGACUGCGAUCCACGCUUAAUCACUUAUCCUAUACCAGGAAAUGAUGACAGUCCUUUAGCCAUGAAAUUAUACUGUACAUUAUUCAAGCAGGCUAUUUUAAAUGCCAAGGACAUGUUGCACAGUGUAAAUGCUGAUGCUUAAGUGGAAGAUGUGUAAUGUUUCAUUUUGUGUGUUGCUUUGUGAUUUAGGAUGUACUAUGCUUAAAAUCAACGACAAUAUUUUCAUA